AUGCUCCAGGAGCGCAGAGAUUCCAACACCUCUAAGUUCCAGGUCUCUGAAUUCAUCCUAAUGGGAUUCCCUGGCAUUCACGGCUGGCAGCACUGGCUCUCCCUGCCCCUGGCUCUGCUCUACCUCUUAGCUCUCAGUGCCAACAUCCUUAUCCUGAUCAUCAUCAACAAAGAGGCAGCACUGCACCAGCCUAUGUACUAUUUCCUGGGCAUCUUGGCUGUGGUGGACAUGGGCCUGGCUACCACCAUCAUGCCUAAGAUUUUGGCCAUCUUAUGGUUCAAUGCUAAAACCAUCAGUCUCCCGGAGUGCUUUGCUCAGAUGUAUGCCAUACAUUGCUGUGUGGCCAUGGAGUCAGGUAUCUUUGUCUGCAUGGCUAUUGAUAGAUAUGUAGCCAUUUGUCGGCCACUACGAUAUCCAUCAAUCAUCACUGAAUCUUUUGUGUUCAAAGCUACUGUGUUUAUGGCACUGAGAAACAGCCUAUGUCCCAUCUCAGUGCCUGUGUUGGCUGCUCAGAGGCACUACUGCUCCCGGAAUCAGAUUGAGCACUGUCUUUGUUCUAACCUUGGAGUCACUAGCCUAUCUUGUGAUGAUUGGAAAAUUAAUAGUAUUAACCAGCUGCUUCUGGGUUGGGCACUCAUGGGAAGUGACUUGGGUUUGAUUAUUUUAUCAUAUGCUUUAAUACUUCACUCUGUCUUGAAGCUGAACUCUACAGAAGCUGCAUCCAAGGCCUUAAGCACCUGCAGUUCCCACCUCAUCCUAAUCCUUUUCUUCUAUACAGCUGUUAUUGUGAUUUCCAUCACUCAUAGUGCAGGAAUGAGAGUUCCCCUCAUUCCAGCUCUACUCAAUGUGCUACACAAUGUCAUUCCUCCUUCCCUCAACCCCAUUGUAUAUGCGCUUAAGAACAAGGAGCUCAGGCAGGGCUUAUAUAAGGUGAUUAGGAUGGGCAUCAAGAGAAACUGA